UUUUACAGGAAGAUAUUGUGGUGAGAAGACAACAGUUUGACUCAAUCAUAGAUGCACUGUUAACUUUCAUUUUGUUUUUCCAAAGUUGAGUAACCGUAGUGUGAAGCUGCUAUAAAAAGAAAAUAAAUAAACAAAUAAUAACAUUUUUACACUAAAUUUAAAACUUUGAAGAGAGGUUUUGGACGAGAUGACACAAAGCUCCCCUGUAGUUACCCAGACUGCUGGCAGCAAUCAAGGAACUGACGAAAAGAAACAAGUCCUGCUAAUUCUGUGCUACGCCUAUAACAAAAGCCACACUGUUUCUUUGCCACAUUCAUGGCGCCAACAUCUUUAUUGAGGCUGAUAUGGUCUGCCCACGGGAUCUGACGGUUGUCACAUGCACCACAAAGUUACAUCGUCUACCAACUCUGCCCUGGAAAGGACUCUUGUAUCAUAAUGCAAAUUAGCAUUUCUAAUAGUAUCAGGAGGUAUUAAGGACAAGUAUAAGAUAACUCGUUUAAUGUGCGUUUUAUUGACAAUAUUAUCCAGCACCAUCCUUCUUCUUCUUCUUCUAAUUAGUUUAAUGGCUACACAAUGUCCGCGUACUCAUCAUUUCUGCCCAGAUGAUUGGAUUGGCUUCCAAAAAAAAUGCUAUUAUUUCUCUAAAGAAGAAGGGGAUUGGAAUUCAAGUAGACAUGACUGUAUCACUCGAGGUGCAGACCUAACUAUCAUUGACACGACAAAAGAAAUGGAUUUUCUUAGGCGAUACAAAUGCACUGCUGAUCACUGGAUUGGGCUGGAGAUAACCGAAAAUCAAACACUACAAUGGGUAAAUGGAACCAUGUCUAAAAUAUGGUUUCCUGUGAGAGGAAAUGAAAAGUGUGCUUACCUCGAUAACGUUGGUGCGGCGACAGCUAGAUGCUACACAGACAGAAAAUGGAUUUGCAGGAUGCAAAUGCACUAAAUUCAGGUUUCUAUAGUGGAAUUACAAUACAGGUACAAUGAUCUUUGUAGCUGGUUUUCUCUCCUUCUGUAUAAGUUAAUUUUCAACACUCUACUGCUUUAGCCUGAUAAUACAUCUUGAUAGUUGUUAAAAUAAUUUCCUUCAACUUAUUUUUCUACUCUUCACAUGGCCUGUACCUUUGCUUUUCUGUAACAUUUUAGAAGAAUCUUGUAAUUUCACAGGAUCUCUAGGUCAAUUUGAGAAGUGUUGUGUGUAUUUAUGGUGUUAUUUUUCUAUUUAUUUAUAUGUUUUGUAUUGUGUUGGUCUUCUUGAGUGAUCUGUAAUUUUUCUAAUGAGUCGUGAAUGUUAUUUAUUAUAUGUGCCCAUAUUGAAUGUAUCUGAUGUUUAUGUUAUUGCAAUUGUAUGAUUUUAUUACUUUUUAAAAUAGUUACUUUAUAUAUGGAAAUGUAACUGUUUUGGCUAUUCUUCUGUUCAACAUACAUUCUGAAAACGUCCAAUUUCUAACAAUUGGUGGAUUCUUUUAAAUAUUGUAAAACAGCACUUUUAUUUUUUCUUAUCUUAUAACUGUUACUUAAUUCUUGUCUAAUUAAAAUGUGUAGGACUGCCAGAACAAUAUUGACAGUGAACAUUUUUGGUGUGUUUCACAUAUUAAAGAAAAUGCUUCUAACAUUUCCACCUUACCAGUGUUUUAUCUCAGUGUUUUUUUUAAUGCACUUUUAUAAGUGAAGGCAGAUCUUUUCUCUUCCUGUUUCCAAAAAAAAAAAAAAAAUGUUUUCAUAGACAGGGACUUUGAAUUUUCUCCUGUUUUUUGUUUCCUGCAUUUGUUUUGAUGUUCUUCCUUAAUCUUUCAACAUGGUUAAUGACACAAGUUUUCUAAUAUUAAAUAACUACUCUGUAUUCCUAGAUAAAAUUUAAAUCGGUCCUAAUGCUAUAUUGUAUUUAUUCCAAAUUGAUUUAUUCUGAUAUUUAUUUUUAAUAUCUCAUGUCUAAAUUCAUGAAUGUGACUGCCCUAAAAUUUUCUCUGGAUAAGCAGGGAUCAAGGUUUCAACAAAUCAACAAAGACAUGAUUGGAAGAUUGUUGCUUUACCUUUACGGUAUAAAAUUGCGAAUGAUGAAUUUAAUACAUCGAAAACAUUAUUGACCAUAUUUUAUGCAUAUCUUAGAUUAGAUUCACAUUUGUGAUCGUCAAUGUGCCACAAUGCCAACCUUUGAGAGAAUCACUGGAAAAGAAUAUUUAUGAAGAAUAUGGCAUGACGAUGAAAUCAGAACGAAGUAGACAGUGCUAGACAUGUGCAAACUCAAGCAGAUGCAUGUUGUUUCAAUUUUUUGUUUGUUUGUUUAAAAAUGUGUUUGAAAGCACAUUUUUAAGAGCCAUGAUAGUGUGAAUAAUAACAGCAUUGCUAACUUUUUCUCAUGAGGAGUGAAACUAGCCAGGAAAGACACACUUAGCAAUAAAGAAGGCAGAGGUGGUCCUUGGACCCAGACGGGAAGAAGUGAUGUGUGGACACUAUUACACACCUGCUUCCACACUCACUGGGCAAUAAGCAAAUGCAUAAUCAAUCUCCUCUAUCCCCUAUUUUGAAUAUUUAUAGAUAAGUCAUAAUACCUUUCGUGGGCUUGUGAAUUCUGUAACACAUUUUAAUCAAAUUGUUUGCUUAAAUGGAAGCUCUCCCCCACCCACCCCAAAAUUCCCAGAAUCUGCCAGACAUUACAAGAUCAAAUAUUUAUCAGUCAAUAAUCACACAAGUUCUUUUCAGCUGUAGAUCAUAAUAAUUUUGUUCGGUUAUUUAAUAGUUAUUUAUACAUAUUUAAUAUGAAAAACAGUGAAUUCUAUUCCAUAUGGUAGUAGUAAUAUUUAUAAACUUUAGUCAUGUGUAGUUUUAAUAAAAUUUUACUUCCUCUCUGUUAUGGCUUUAAUUACAUCGCCAAGUGGAAGUCCUAACCUUCAGCAUCUCAGAAUGUGACCUCAUUUAUAAAUAGAGUCAUGAAAAAUGUAAUACAAAAUGAAAUCAUUAGGAUGGGCCCAGAUCUCUCUAAGACUGGUGUCCUUAUAAGAAGGGAAAAUUUGGAUUUAGUGAUGAACACUCACAAAAGGAAGAUUAUGUGAAGACACAUGGAGAAAAAGUGGCCAUGUGACUGAAGUGAUAUAUCUAUAACACAAGGAAUGCCAAGGAUUACCAGCUACCAAGAGAAGCCAGAAGUGGCAAGAGAGGAUUCUCCUCUAGAGCAGUCUGGGAGAGCAUGGACCCUGUAGACACCUUGAUCUUGGACUUUUAGUCUCCCCAUCUGUGAGACAAUAACAUUCUCUUGUUUUAA